AUGCUUUCCCAGAUAGGUGAAAAUGAAGAAAAUUUAAGAAAAGAUAAUGGAGAGGUGCGGAAGACACUCGGGGAAAAAGAAAACGAGUUAAAAGCCAUAAAUGAAAAAAAUAAAAGUCAGGAAAAAAUAAUCCAAGAAUUAACUGAGAAACUAAACAAUUCUAAGAAGCAAGUGGAUGACCUGCAAGUAAUAAUUGCUGAAAAUGCUAAUAAAGAAGAGGAGUUAAAGAAGACACAAAUGAUUAUUGAAUUAUUACGAUUAAGGGCUAGGAAAAAAGAUGAAGAGUUGGAAGGUGAAUUAUUAAUUGAUGGUUAUCCUGAUUUAGAGGAAAUCGAUCUUUCCCAAGCAAAGGGAAUAACUAAACUGACUAUCAACGUUAAUUGUCCUAAAAUCACAGAAAUUAUUCUUUACGACAAUUCACUUACUGAGAUAAUAGGACUAGAAAAUUUAACUAAUUUAAGAAAACUGAAUUUUGGGAAAACGGGGAUAAGAGAAAUUGAUAUUAGCAAAAAUAUUCAAUUAGAGGAACUUUCUUUCCACCAAAAUAAUAGCGAGAAAAUUAAAAUUAAAGAACAAAUUGUUGAAGAAGAUUUAAAAGAAAUAGCGGAGGCUUUAGGAAUAGAAGAAGAAAAAAUAGAAGACAAGCCAGUCGAAGAAGUAAAGAAAAUUAUUGAGGAAGAGGCAAAAAGACUUCAAGAAAAUGAAGAAAAGAUUAAAGAGAAAUUUCCAACUUUGAUAAAUGAGGAAGGUAAAAUCGUUGAUAAUGAACUAAAUAAUUUAGGAAAACUAAAUGAUAGUAAGGAUGAUGUUGCAAAAAGAAUAGAAAAACUGGAAAUAAAAAACAGUUAUUUAGAGAAUUAUAUUGAGAUAGAGUUGGGAGAUGAGGCACUAAAAACAAUUUUGGCAGAGAUAGAACAAGUAGAACAACAAGUGGAACAGAUGGCACAAAUAGAAGUGAAUAAAUAA